UGCUGCUGUAAACAUAUGCAGUAGUCGUGACUCGUGCCGUAGUGAUAUGUUUAUUGUAGUCGUCAAUAAAAAUGACAGUGUCUCCAUACUGUCUUCAUGUCGCAGCCAUCUCAUGGAUUGGAUAGACCUCUGGCCUUCAGCGCAAACUGAAAACAGUUUUGGUUUUGUUUACCCUCUCUUAAAAUCGUAGUAGGCUAGUCACAGUCUGUCUUUGCCUCGUUGCCUGCCCUAUGGUCAAGCUGAGUCAAUCAUUACACAAUGGGUACACAUUUAACUGGAGUCAAGCUCUGUCCAGAUUUUGCCACACUGUCUCAAUGCUGAUUCUGACUAGCACACAUACUUCUAAUAUACAAGAAGUAUCUUGUAUCCCCCAACCCUGCACAGGUGCUUCCUGCAACAACCCCUUGAUCUUUCCAUGGCUCGUGUAUUGUCCUUGUGUCGACCCUGGUCUCUUUUAGCUCCUUCAGGGGUACGGCACACCGCGUUCUGCGGAAUGUCACUGGACACGCGGGCACGGGAGGUGUUUGCUGCAGCAGUGGGUGGUGUUCAGCCAGACAGCGUGGUUCGGAGGAGCCUGGAGCGCAGGGGAGACUCUCUUCUGGUUGGUGGACGCAGCUUCACACUCAAGCACAAUCUGCACCUGGUGGGGUUCGGCAAAGCCGUGCUGGGUAUGGCGGCUGAGGCAGAAAGGAUAGUGGGGGACCACCUGGUGAGAGGAGUCAUCAGUGUGCCACACGGCAUUCAAGAGGCCCUGCGGCAGCAUGGGAAAGACCAGAUGCUGUUGAAGGACUGCAGUAGGAUUAAAGUGAUGGAGGGUGCGAAACACAACUUGCCAGAUGCCGAUGCUCAGAGAGCUGCUGCAUGCAUCAACGAACUAGCCUGUGAGCUAACGGAGAAUGACCUGUUGCUAGUGCUGAUCUCAGGGGGAGGCUCUGCCCUCUUACCUUCACCAGUUCCCCCUAUCACUCUGCAAGAGAAACAAGACGUCACACGUAGACUAGCAGCUGCUGGGGCCACCAUUCAAGAGCUGAACUCGGUCCGACGAGCUCUGUCCUUGUUGAAGGGUGGAGGACUUGCACAUUCUGCUCAUCCCGCCCAGGUAGUGGCACUGGUUCUCUCUGAUGUGAUAGGAGACCCUCUUGAUUUGAUAGCCAGUGGUCCCACUGUGUGGAGUGAGGUGUGGCCAGAGGAUGUCUUGGCAGUUCUGGAGCAAUACGGACUGUCUUCUUCUCUCCCCACGUCAGUGAAGGAAGUCCUUGGGCGGGCCGCUCCGAGGGGGGAGGGGGCAGGGAAGCCAUCGGAGGGGGAAGGACAUGUUCUCAAUGCCGUGAUUGGCUCCAAUAGCAUUGCCUUGAAGUGUGCCAGUCGGCGUGCGAGGGAGCUUGGGUUCCGUCCAGUCGUGUUGUCCCCAGGGGUGUGUGGUGAUGUACAGCUCCUGUCUCGCCUCUAUGGUCUAUUAGCUCACUUUGCCUGCUCCCCUGACGAACCCCACUCAGAUAUUGCCUCUGAGAUGCUGAGACUUGGUCCGGAGGUGGGUGUAGAGAGCUGGGACUUGUGUCGUACCAUGCAGGUGCUGGGUGAGGGGCAUAAAGAAGGCUGGGGGGCCACCUGCUUGCUGGCUGGGGGAGAGCCCACUGUGCAGUUGAAAGGCAAAGGGCUAGGUGGGCGAAACCAGGAGCUGGCUCUACGAGUGGGGCUCGAACUCAAAGGUAUGGAGCUGCCUCCCAAGGGCCCAGUGUUCCUGAGUGGUGGGACAGAUGGACAGGAUGGGCCAACCAACGCAGCAGGGGCUACCACAGAUGGGGGACUGUGGGAAGAAGCGAAUGCUCAGGGGCUGAAUAUAGACAGCUUCCUUUCCAACAAUGAUUCCUACACAUUUUUCUCACGUCUGUCUGGAGGACAGCGCCUGCUCUUACCAGGGCUGACAGGCACCAAUGUGAUGGAUGUGCACAUGCUCCUUAUCCCUUAUGGUGAUUCCCAUCACCAUAUCUGAUCAUUCUAGGGCAGAGAAGCCCACAAAUGGUUUCUUUCAAAACGUAUGUUGCUUUCAAAAAAGUAUGCAGACCAGAUGUUUGUACUUAGGGUACAACUUUAUUUACCAUGGCUAGAAAACUCUGUCUAAUGUAAGUAUUUUGGGGGGAAGAUAUGAGCACUCUCUGAAUAAUAGAAUUGUUUAUAGAAUAAAAAAAUUCUUACACUUGGUCAUGAGCUCUUUAAUAUCAUUUGUAAAAACAUAAUUUGUACAAUCUGCCACUUUUAAUUUCCUUUCUUCGGGUUUCUGAUGUCUGUACAUUUGUGUUUCUUCAAAGAAAUCAAGGGAUGUUUAAUGCU